GUAAGACUUGGGAGAAGCUUAUGGCUGCUGCCCGUGUUAUGGUUACCAUUGAGAACCCUAAAGAUAUUAUGGUUGUAUCACAGCGUCCUUAUGGUUCUCGUGCUGUUCUUAAGCUUGCUAACUUUAUUGGUGCUACUGCUGUUGCUGGACGUUGGACUCCUGGUUCCCUUACUAAUCAGAUAACUCCUAAGUUCACUGAGCCUCGUCUAUUGAUUGUUACUGAUCCUCGUACCGAUUCUCAAGCUAUAAAGGAGGCUGCCUAUGCUAACAUACCUGUUAUUGCUUUAUGUGAUACCGAUUCCCCUCUUGAUUUCGUAGAUAUUGCCAUACCAUGCAAUAAUAAGGGUAAAGAGAGUAUUGCUCUUCUUUAUUAUCUACUUGCUCGUGAGGUAUUGAUGCUACGUGGUAAGAUCCCUCGUGGUGUUGAAUGGGAAGUUAUGGUUGAUUCCUUCUUCUGGAGAGAUCCUGAAGAGAUCGAACGUCAAGAGCGUAUGGCUGCUGAGGCUGCUGCCUAUGAGGCUUCUAAGAACACUAUGGUCGAGGCUACUGGUAUGGCUGCUGCUACUGCUACUACUGGUGUUGAGGGUACUGCUGCUAAUGCUGCUUACUUCGAGGAAGGUGAGGAAUGGACUGGAGCUACUGGUGGUGAUUGGGCUGCUGCCAGUGCUGAUCAAUGGUAAAUGAUGUAGUAGUAGUAGUUGAUAUACAACGGCGGCUUGUGAUCCCAAGGCUAUUUCAUCAUCAUC